AUGAUGGGUCCACCACCGAAGCCAAAAAAAAUACCACCCCCUCCGGCAUGCUUCUCUCCAGAGGAUUUGGCUAAAUUCAAGGAAAUGUUUAAAGCGCAUGACGAAGAAAAUAUUGACAAGGUGAAAUUACCAGCUAUACCGUUGAUGUUGAGGAAACUCGGCUUCAAUCCGAAGGGCGAGGAGAUCAAGGAGCUCUUUGCGAAAUUUCUAGAAGACGAUCUUGUCGACACAGUUGAAUACCACGAGUUCUUGUUCAUGAUCGAAGCGAAGAUGGGCUGGGGGGACGAUUUUGAGUUGGCCGUAACCAACGCUUUUGCAACCCUAGGACAUGACAACGAAGAGACUGGUAGCACUGAUAUGGAACUACUCAAAGAGGAGCUAAUGCAAUGGGGCGAACCCCUGGAGGAGAUAGAGUUUGUUGAUUUCAUAAAACUGGCGACAAAGGACAAAACGUACAAUCCUCUAGAUGGCACGUUUAACUACGUCAAAUUCAUUGAGAACAUGAACAGUAAAGAUGAGAAAUUCUUCAAGGAACCAAUUAACUUCUUUAAAUUGGACCAAAAGACGUUGGCAGAGAUGGCAAUAAAGAAAGCACAAGAAGAGAAGGAACAACAAGAAAAGUUGGAGGCUGAAAGACUUGCAAAGGAGGACGCUAAAAGACAGAAAUUAAUACAGCAGGGACUAAUACCAUCGAAU